AUGUCCGAUGGGAGUGGAAAGGGGACUCGCGGGGAGGCGGAGGGACGCAUAGGGGACUACUUGGUGGGUCGCACCAUCGGCGAGGGUACUUUCAACAAGGUGAAAAUCGCCCGCCACCUCCACUCGCAGGAACAAGUCGCCAUCAAACUCAUCGACAAGUCCAAGAUAGUCUCUCCCGCCGACCGGCAGAGGCUGGCCAAGGAGCUCAAGAUCCUCAGGAAGGUCCGCCAUCCCAACAUCAUACAAUUGCUGGAGAUCUUGGAAGACAGUCGGUACUAUUACCUGGUCACCGAGUACGCAUCGAGAGGGGAAUUGUUCGAUCACAUAGUUUCAAGAGAAAAAUUAUCGGAGUUUUAG